GGCGGGACCCCCGGCAUGGCCUCGGGCAAGGCGGCGGGGGAGCGGCGCUGGGAGCUGGUGCGCUGGUACGUGCGAGAGGGCCGCUUCCGCAUCGAGGAGAGGACGCUGACGGCUUUCCAGUGGCUCCACUCGCCCCAGCAGCACCGCAUCGUCAGCAGGGCAGACCUGGGCUCCCCCAGCAGGAUCGACAAGACGAUGCUGGCCAGCCUGAAGAUCAAGAAGCAGGAGCUGCUGAACAGCACGGAUGUGGCCGUCCCGGAGCGGCCGCUGUCCCCCCCGCUGACGGCGCCCCCGACCAUGAAGUCGGCAGAAUUCUUCGAAAUGCUGGAAAAAAUGCAGGCACCAAAACUGGAAGAACAGAGGUCUGGAAGCCAAAAACACAAGGAAGACUACAUCCCGUACCCCAGCAUCGAUGAGAUCCUGGAGAAGGGCAGCCCAUACCCACUGAUCAUCCUGCCCCAGUUUGGGGGGUACUGGAUAGAAGACCCAGAAAACCUUGGCACGCCCACCUCAUCUGACAGCAGCAUCUGCGAGGAGGAGGAGGAAAACCUCAGCCCCAGCACCUAUGGCUACAAGCUGGAGUGCAAGGGAGAGGCCAGAGCCUACCGCAAGCAUUUCCUGGGGAAGGAUCAUUUAAAUUUCUACUGUACAGCCAGCAGCCUUGGAAAUCUGAUCCUUUCUGUUAAAUGCGAGGAGACAGAUGGCACAGAAUAUUUAAGGGUUAUACUCAGGUCUAAAGUGAAGACAUUGCAUGAAAGGAUCCCAUUGGCAGGAUUCAGCAAACUCCCGAGUAUCCCCCAGAUUGCAAAGGCCUUCUGUGACGAUGCCUCUGGGCUGAAGUUUAACCCGGUUCUCUACCCCAAGGCAUCCCAGAUGAUAGUGUCCUAUGAUGAGCAUGAGGUCAACAACACGUUCAAGUUUGGUGUGAUCUAUCAGAAGUUCAGGCAGACACAAGAGGAGGAGCUGUUUGGCAAUAAUGAAGAGAGCACUGCCUUCAAGAACUUCUUAAGUUUUCUGGGAGACACCAUAACUCUCCAGGACUUCAAAGGUUUUCGAGGAGGCCUGGAUGUCAGCCAUGGGCAGACGGGAGUGGAGUCUGUGUACACGGUGUUCAGGGACAGGGAGAUAAUGUUUCAUGUCUCCACCAAGCUGCCUUUUACCGAAGGAGACACACAACAACUCCAGAGGAAGAGGCACAUUGGCAACGACAUAGUGGCAAUUAUCUUCCAAGAGGAGAACACCCCAUUCGUGCCAGACAUGAUUGCCUCCAACUUCCUGCAUGCCUAUAUCGUGGUGCAGGUGGAGAACCCCGAGGCAGACAAUACAGCAUACAAGGUGUCAGUCACAGCCCGGGAAGAUGUUCCCUCCUUUGGCCCGCCCCUGCCGAGCCCGCCGGUGUUCCAGAAGAGCCCCGAGUUCCGGGAGUUCCUGCUGACCAAGCUCAUCAAUGCUGAGAACGCCUGCUGCAAGUCCGACAAGUUUGCCAAGCUGGAGGACCGGACACGGGCUGCCCUGCUGGACAACCUGCACGACGAGCUGCACGGGCACACGCAGACCAUGCUGGGGCUGGGGCCCGAGGAGGACAAGAUGGAGAAUGGCGGUCACGGAGGCUUCCUGGAGUCUUUCAAGAGAGCCAUCCGGGUGCGCAGCCACUCCAUGGAGACCAUGGUGGGCAGCCAGAAGAAGCACCAUGGCAGCGGCAUCCCAGGCAGCCUCAGUGGGGGCAUUGCCCACAACAGCGGCGAGGUGACCAAGACCACCUUCUCGCCCCCUGUCCCAGCUGUUGCUGCCAAGAACCAGUCCAGGAGCCCCAUCAAGCGCCGCUCAGGGCUGUUCCCCCGCCUGCACACGACAUCGGAGAGCCAGGUGGAGAGCAGGGCAAGGUGCGACAGUGUUUCUGGAGCCCAGAAGACACCAGAUUUGGGACAUUCUUCCCAAGAGAUGAAAUCUGAAACCUCAUCCAACCCCAGCUCCCCUGAAAUAUGCCCCAACAAAGACAGGCCUUUUAUCAAGCUGAAAGAGAACGGGCGGUCGAACAUCUCCCGUUCCUCCUCCAGCACCAGCAGCUUCAGCAGCACGGCGGGGGAGAGCGAGACCCUGGAGGAGUACGACAGCGUGGGGAGCCAGCCCUCCACGGCGUCACCGUUCAAGCAGGAGGUGUUUGUGUACAGCGCUUCGCCCGGCAGCGACAGCCCCGGCGCGGGGGCCGCGGCCACCCCCGUCAUCAUGAGCAGGAGCCCCACAGCAGAUCUAAAGAACAGAAAUUCUCCAAGGUCCAACCUGAAGUUUCGCUUUGACAAGCUCAGCCAUGGCAGCUCCAGCCUGAGCCACUAGCAGGAGGAAGUCAUGAACUUGUCACAGAAUGUUUCAACAAAGGGAAAAAUCUUCAACCCCCCAUGGAGCACGCACGCCCCGGCCAUGGGCAGCGAGGUGCCCUUGCCCACACACCAGAACAGAGCUCUCACCUUGCUGCAGCCCUGUCCUGACAGGGACAGCCACCUUCUCACCCCGUGCUGUGCAGCACAGCCCUGUGCCCCUCUGCGUGCAGGAGGGGACUGUCCCUGCCUGUGCUGCACUCCUGGCCAGGGCCAUGUCCCCCUCUGGUCACCCUGUGCUUGCCCAGUGUGCCGCAGCUGGUGGCACCGUCCAUCCCCCUGUCCCUGGGUUGCCUGGCAGCUCCUUCUGGGCAGAGGGGCAGCAGGAGAGACCUCCACAAAGUUUAGGUCCCUCCAUGCUUUAUUUGCAGUUACCAGUGGGGAAACAGGGGUUUGUUUAUGUUUGUUUUUUGAAGGGUGGGGGUCAGGCCAAGGUUAGGUGUUAGUGGCUCUGGGGCAGUUUACCUUCCACCAUCGUUUGCUGUUGCUCUUCUCUGGGGACAAUGGGGCAGAACCUCCCAGGGGGGUCCUGGGCAGCUCUCCCUGGAGUGGGGUCUACAGGGUCCCUCCAGCCAUCCCCCAGCUCCUGCCUACACCCCAAAACUCUUGGGGCAGAGGCAGCCCCUCGCUCCAGACUUGCUCAGUUUCUUGCACACGAGGCAGUGAGUGACUUGGCCCAGGGAGGGCAGCUGGGGACAGCAGCCAGCUCAUCCUCCUUGGCAGGUUCAUCCUGCCUUCUUUGUCCCUGCCUGACACUGGGCACAGGCCUGGGAAAGGUGAUCCAAAGUUGUGCUGUAUUACGGCUUUAGCUUUUCUUAGUGCUAGAACUGGAACCAGAGGGGAUUUGCCUGGUGGGCUCUGCUUUUCCUUAUGGCUUGGAUCACCAGGCAGGCAAAUGCAUAAAACUCUGGUGAUUUGGGAGGCAUUAGGCUGCUCCAGCCCUUACAGAGUCUGUCCUGCUGCUUUUGAGCAAACUCUUGUUAUUAUGAAAGGAUUAUAGAUUCUGCAAGGUAACUCUCCGAUAAUGCCCUUUCCCAGAAAAUACCUCUCUCAAUAUGCCAAGAAAUCCUUUUGCUCUUUUAUGGAGCUUCAUGUGAAGUUUCCUGAAGCCUGUCCGUAAAUUUCACAUUGCCCAUAGAUUUCCCUUACCCAUUUUCUGGAAGACAGGCCAUGAUGCUGCAGAGAUAUUCCCCCCUGUCCCCCCAGCCUGUGACCUUUGGACACCCUCAUGAAAUCAAGUUCUCAGUCUCAAGUGAACGCAGUUCUUCAGGUUUGUGAUUCCUACUGAAAGCAGGACUUUGAGUGCCAAAGCCGCCUUCCCCCGUGGGUGCUCCAAGAGCACAAAGCGCCUGGCAGAGGUUUCAGAGGGGCAGAGCUGUGCUCCUGGAGCAGCCCUGGCUGUGCCUGCUCCUGCUCCCCUCUCUGGGGCCAGUGCUCAUGGGGUUCAGCCACCACCUGCCCUCCUCCUGUCAUCUCCCUGGCCAGAGGCGAGCCCAGGCAAGCAGGACGUGCUCUGCUCACCCUGGUCCUGCAGGGAGGUGCUCUCCAAGAGCCUUAGACCCGGUUCACACAGGUGCUGGAAUUAAUCCAUGGGGAAGGCUGUAGCUAUGAUGGGUGGGGGGGAUCCAAGUUAAAGAAGGAGAACAGUUGUGAAAAGGCAGGGGACAGUUUCACCGGCCCUAAGUGCUGUGUAGGACUAGUAAAUACCAAUAACUCCCGUGGGCAUGCUCCCUCCUGCUCCCAGCCAGCUGCAUUUCAAUAGGGUUUAAGCCUUGAGUUUCCUCUGGAAGGGGAGCAUGCCGUGUGCUCAGCCCAGCCCGCAGCUGUAGGUGUCUCAGGAUCACACACUUUGCUGCUCAGCACUUGUCUGAUGAUGCUUCAGUAGCACUUUCAAACCCACCCCCAAUUUGCCUCUUAGAAGCUUUGGUCUGAUUUCCUGAGGCUGCAGAGUGAAACACUGACUGGUGCAAUGACUUGCUCCCAGGGUCUGCUCUGGGAUUUUUUCCUCUGAGAAGUCACUCGGUUCUGUAGAUGUUGUCAUUCCUGUGGGUGUUGAUCUCCGUGAGAUCUUUCAGCAGAUGAUGCAGUGGCUACUGUCAGCUGGUUUGCCAUUUUUGGUUGUUUUGUUGCUUUCUUUUUUUUUUUCACUUGAAACUGCGGCUUUCUUUUUUGACCUAGAUAGAUUUGGGAAUUAUUCGAACGGGACUAACAGGCAGAGAACAGUGUGAAGCUUCAGGGAGGGUUGCAGUGCUCUGGGCUUGUCUCUCUGCCAGUCCACCAGAGCAGCGCUGGGGCCGGGUUUGGCUCCAGGGGCCAUGUCCCGCAGCGCUCCUGGGUGCAUUCCCUGCAGCGCUCCUGGGUGCCAUGUCCCGCAGCGCUCCUGGGUGCAUUUCCCGCAGCGCUCCUGGGUGCAUUUCCCGCAGCGCUCCUGGGUGCGUGUCCCGCAGCGCUCCUGGGUGCAUUUCCCGCAGCGCUCCUGGGUGCGUGUCCCGCAGCGCUCCUGGGUGCAUUUCCCGCAGCGCUCCUCGCCAGGGGCAUGGAGCCCGCUGUGUGCCCUCCAGCAGCGGGGUCGGCUGCCCUGCCCUGCCCUGCCCUGCCCUGCCCCACUCUGGCCGGGCUCCAGCCGCCCCCGCAGGGCUCCUGCCGCAUCCCGGGCACUUCUGCGCUGCCAGCGGCCGUGCAGGUGCUCCUGUAGAUAUCUUGCAAAAUGUUUUGUGCUCAUAAGUGACACUUACACAUCUAUACAUAUAUGAAAGGGAUAUAUAUAUAUAUGUAUAAAAUAUAUAUAUUUAUAUAUAUAAAGGAAAGGAUCCUUAACUGACACUAGAAUUACUGGGCAGUGCAUUUUCCUUUCUGAUUCCACUGUUUCCAUGCACACAGCUUCUGUCCUCCUCAGAAGUGACAUGGCAGAGGGAGCAGAGGGGGCUCAGAAAUGCCUUAGGGGGGUGGUGGGGCAGCCCCCGCUGUGCGGAGGCGUUUCUGGGGGUCUCUGACCUGCUCUGCAGAGAGGUCCCUGUGGCUGGGGGUGCUCCCCCUCUGCCUGCUGGAGCUGCAGCCCCUCGCUCGGCCCAGCCCAGGUGCAGCUGCAGCCCUGGGGCCGCUGCUGCGGGUCCGGUGCGGGACCUUUCCCUGCGGGGGCAUCGCCUCGGCCGGGGCUGGCACAGCCCUGCCCUGCCCUGCCCUGCCCUGCCUGGGCUUCCCUUCGGCAGAGCUCUUGGCACGCACUCGCAUCGUCUCGAAAGGCCACAGAGCCGAAGCACAACAGGAAUGGCUUUUUGUGAGGGAAGCAGGGCAUCGCAAGCACAAACUCCGUUCCUUCCCCGAGCUCUGAGGGUCCCCGGGCUGUUCGUGCCGCCGGGGCCGUUCCGGGCCGGAUCUCGGCUGCGGCCGGUGCCGGUGCCGGUGCCGGUGCCGGUGCCGCUCUGCCGUCGCUGCCCCGCUCAGCCCCGCCCGGCCCCGCACGCUCCCAGCGCCCCAGUGAAUGUAGCGCUGCCCGCGUCCUGCAAAGGGAACGCUGCGCUUACAGCAGAGAAUGUGAGGAGAGUUUAUAGAGUGACUAUGAAUCCUGGAGAAAUGUAUCUGACAAAGUUUAUUUUUGAUGUAGAGAGGCAGUGCUUUGUAGUUUCUGGUGACCUCCGUCUGUUGUAAAUAAUGUAUAUUUAAUUUAUUGCUAUGGUAGCAGAUUGUUAUGUAUAAAACUAAAGGUUCACAAAUGUAUAUUUUGUUGCUUAAAUGUGUCUUUGCAAAAUUCACAAUAAAUAACAUAUUUUGUGUCCAUA